CAAUAAUCUGAAUAUUUUUUGAUUUUACUUACACAUCACGUUUAGUUAAAAAUUCUGUCCUGAAAUGCAUACAACCUAUCAAUUAAUAAGAGAUGAAUGUAACAAUGUUUGUGCAUCCCAUUAAUUAAUUAAAAUGACAUGCAACUGUAUGUUAAACCAGCCAUUAAAUAAACAAAAAGUGGAAAAGUACAGUACAUUUUUCACUCAUUCUAGAGAAAACAUCUAAUGGCAGCAAGCAACCUCUAAGAAAACAUUGGUGCUCGGUGUAUUUUUACUUUUAUUUUACAUACUGUCUAUAAUUUAUGAAGCUGAAUAACAACAUGUAGCUGUCAGGGAGGUUAACAUCAGAAUGAAGAGGGUAGAAAGGACUCUUCACUAUUUUCAACAGUAUACACAUGCAUACUGUCUUUGCAAGUGGAAAGCUUUUUAUCUCAGUAUACAGUCAUAAACAGCAGCAAGUGAUACCUACGACUAACAUAUUUUGGUGAAAAGGGUUUGAGAAACAUGUUUUGAAAAGAAUACUGUAUGCAUGAAAAUCUUUACUUCCUGCCUUUUAAAGUUACAUUAAAAAUGCUGAAUUAUUUGUUCUCUUUGAAGGACAAGUAAUGAGUCUCAGAAUAACUGACUGUGCAAAAUACUUUAGAUUUACGAGAGCCCAGUCAUUUCUUUAAAGCAAAAGACAUGUUCUCCCUUGACUUCAAAGGCAGCAGGAUUAGGUUCUAAAACUUCACCCUGAAAUUUGCAGCUCAUUUGCACGGCUCUAUAGUUGUGGAUUUAUCAGGAGAAUUCAGAGAGCUUUGCCCUCCUCCGCACUGCUACCAGCUUUGUUUAGUGCAGUGUUCGCUCCUUAGUGUGCCACAGUCAUGGUUGUAUGACUGCAUAGCUCCUCCCAUACAGAUUAGGACUACCUCCACCCCAUGACUAAGGCCUGGAGCAGAAAUGAGGUUUAAAGUAUCUUUUAAUAUGUUUUCUGAUAAUACUCUGAAAUGCUUGUUAUUAUCCCAUUUCUUGGCCAGUUCACAUAUAAUGGGAUACACCCAUAUGUACUAAAAUAUUUGUAGGAACACAUGUGAGCUUUCAUUCUGCAAUAAAUUGUUGAGAAGACAACAAUUUGAAGACAAAAGUAACACAGGGAACCACUUGUCUGAAUCCAGUCAAAGAAUUUGACCUUUCAUUUUCAGAAGUGGAUUACAGUAAUAUCUAAUGGAAUAAAACCUCCUUAAUUUGAUUUCCCUUAAGAAAGAAAAUCCUCAUUUACUUCUAAGUGUUACAGUAACACUUUGAGUUAUUUUCUUGUGCAGGUAGUAAUGUCAUAGUAAUCAAACAAAAUAGCCAUUUCUACAAAUUCCUUUAGUUAAAAAGGAUUAUAAAAGCAUAAAAUGGGAUGGUGAGAUUCUCACUGGAAAAUUCUUACUGAAACAGAAGAAUCAAAUAGCUGUUGUGUCUUAUACUGAUGUUUGGACUGGCUAAACCAUAUCUGAUACGGAAGACCCCUGCAUAUAAAAAACAAAAUUGCAGUAUUUACAUUUUAUUUAUACAGUGAAUCACCAAUUAAAUAUAUAUAUAUAUACAUAUAUAUAUAAAAAUACUCCAACAACACAAAUUAUUAACAUUAAGUUAGAAGUAGAUUGAAGUAGUAUUACCGGGCCAACUUGUCAUUUUAGAAUUGUAUUUUCCUUUGAAUUCACAGGUGUGUAUGUCCACAUACAUACAUGUAUGGGAACUCUAAAUAGGUAGCUUGUUAAACUUUAGUUUAUUACAAAAAUAUACAUAUAUAUAUUUUCUCCCUUGACUUACAGAGUUGAACUCUAUUAAAAUAAGGACAAAGAUUUAUGAACAUGGUUUAUCUACUACACCAAUUAUUUCCCUUUAUUUCAAAUGGAUAAUCUGAAAAUACAUAAACAAUUGUAGGACUGGGACCUUUUAUAUUAACUUGGAACACAGGUAUGUAAUACAUCUCUUUCAGAGCCUGGUUUACUCUGUCUCCAUUAAACUUACAUGAGCGCACACCCAUUAGAUAGAAGGACUGAAUUACCGUAUUCUCCAGUGCCAUCUUCAUUUCUGUACUUUCAAAUAAACACACUUGUAAAACAAACUUUGAUUCAUCCAACAUUAGGAAUUUGAUAGUUUAAGCUUAAGAGAUGCAUUUUAACUCUGCUUUAAAGACAGAGCAUUUGUUCAGGAAAUCCUAAGACCUGGAUUCAAGUGCAAGACCUGGAUUCAAGAUUCAAGUGCAUUUGUGUAUGGUAUUAUCUCUUUUUGCAAAUAAUAUCCAUCCAGAACUGAAAGGGUGUGUUUAUAUGCCACAGGAUAUUUACAGCUAGCUAGCUGUGUCCAACUGUAUGGUGAAUCCUGAAGUCCACAGAUGAGCAAGGCUUCCUCUAAAUGUGAUUUUUGUCCCAGUAUCAAGGAGCAAAACAACAGAAGUGAGUUCUGAGAAGACAGUUAAUGCAUUAGACGUAGCAGCUUCUUUGCUUUUAUCCUGUUCUAUGUUUUAUUCACGGUUUUACCUGUACAGAGGAAAAAUGUAAAACCUUUCAGACUAGGAUUCUCUCUCUCCAAAUAGUCCAUCACAGCCCAGGAUUAAAAUAUUUCCAGUAAACGUGUUGUUGGGGCGGGGGAACAUCACCCUCCAGCGAGGCUCAACACCUCAACACCUGCAUUUUUCCCCCGUGCUCGUCCAGAAAAAAAACUCCCUUCGCAUGGGUACGUCCACCUGCAGAUCCCUCGCCCCGGCACCGGGAGUUUCGGCUCCUGCGACACGGCCUCGUAGAGCCACCGGAGAAGGACGCUGAGGGCGGCGGCGGCCCCGAGGAGCGCCCCCGCUCCGCCACAUCGCCCCUGCCGGCUUGUCUCCCUCAGGGGCGACGGAAACAGCCCCCAAACGCCUCCGCUUCCCAACGGCCGCCUUCUCCUCCGAUCCGAGCACCGCCAGGGGAAGGAGAAGGGAAAAAAAAAAGAGGGGAAAAAAAAAAAAAAAGGGAGAAGCUCCGGCGGGUGGGGACGGGGUGAGGCAGCGGGGCGGCGGCGGCUCGGCCGGGCGAGGCGCAGGGAGGCCGGGCGUGCGGCGGCGCUGUGAGGGGAGCGGCGCGCUGCCGGCGCUCUGUCGUCGCGCUAUCGGCGGGCUAUCGCGUCGUCGCGGAGUCGGCGGCGGAAGCGGCGCCGUCGGAGCGAGCGAGCGAGCGGCCGAGGAGGAGGAGGAGGAGGAGGAGAAGGAGGAGGAGGAGGCGGCGGCGGCGGCGGAGGGAAGGGGGAGGCUGUUGGCGCCUGGCGCCGGUGGAGGGAGUCAUUCCUGCCGCUGCACUUCCGGUCGGCAUUUUGUUCUGAGAGGGAGCGAGAGCGACGCACGGGAGCCUUCCUCCCCCCCCUCCUCCUCCUCCUCCUCCCCCCGCCCCCCCGCCCGGUACCGACUCGCCGUGCCCCGGCCGCCCCCCCCCUUGCUCCCCCGCCCGCCUCCCACAGUCGCGCACCGAGGGAGCGGCGGCGGCGGCCCCCGGCAGCGCUGCCCCCCCUCCCCUCCUUCUCCCGGCCGCCCCCCCCCGGCCCCGGGGCGCCUCUCGGAACCGGUUCGGCCCGGCCCGUGCCCAUGUUGUGAGGCGGGCGCAGGGGGACGGGAUCCUCGCCGGCCGCUCACCCCCCCCCCCGGCUCUACAUGUUCGCUGCACCGAGGAGGAGACGGAAGAGGAGCCAGCCCCCCUCCCGGCCCGGAUUAUUGUUGUUAUAUUAUCUCCCCUCCUCCUCCUGCUCCGCGGCGGCGGCGGCGGCCCAGCAGCGGCGGCUCCUCUGAGGAGGGAGGGGGGCGGAUUGCUCGCCCCCUCUCCCGGAUCCCCGUCGGAUUCAGACGCCGAUUUGCUCAGUGCUUGGGAGAUGGGAAGUAAUGAUAGCUGGCACCUGAACUAAAAUAUCUGUGUAGGCACUACCAUCCCAGAACUUCAGGAUGAAUGGGGAUAUGCCUCAUGUUCCCAUCACUACUCUUGCAGGGAUUGCUAGUCUUACAGACCUUUUGAACCAGCUGCCUCUUCCAUCACCUUUACCUGCUACAACAACAAAAAGCCUACUCUUCAAUGGACGGAUAGCUGAAGAGGUGAACUGCCUUCUGGCUUGCAGGGAUGAAAAUCUGGUUUCACAGCUUGUCCACAGUCUCAAUCAGGUGUCAACAGAUCACAUAGAAUUGAAAGAUAACCUCGGCAGUGAUGAUCCAGAAGGAGAUAUACCAGUCUUGCUGCAGGCCAUCCUGGCAAGGAAUCCUAAUGUUUUCAGGGAGAAAAGCAUGCAAAACAGAUAUGGGGUACAAAGUGGGAUUAUGAUGUCGCAGUUUAGUAUUUCUCAGAAUUCCAUGCGUGGUAGUCCUGCAUCUUCCAAUUAUCAACAAACCACUAUCUCACAUAGUCCUUCCAGCCGGUUUGUGCCACCACAGACAAGCUCUGGUAACAGAUUUUUGGCACAACAGAACAGUCCAGUGCCUAGUCCAUAUGCUCCUCAAAGUCCUGCAGGAUACAUGCCAUAUUCACAUCCUCCAACUUAUACACCACAUCCUCAGUUGCAGCAAGCCUCAGUGUCCAGUCCCAUUGUCACAGCUGGGAUGAGGAAUCUCCAUGAAAAUAAAGUUUCAAGUCAGUUGUCUGGAAAUUCAGCUAAUCAUCAUGCUGAUAAUUCUAGACAUGGCUCAAAUGAAGACUACCUACAGAUGGUGCACAGACUAAGCAGUGAUGAUGGCGAUCCUUCAAUAAGGAAUGCUGCAUCUUUUUCCUUGAGGUCACCACAGUCAGUCUGCUCUCCAGCUGGAAGUGAUGGAACCCCUAAAGGAUCAAGACCACCUUUAAUCCUACAAUCUCAACCUCCACCUUAUUCAUCACCUAGAGAUGUUCCCCCAGACAUAUUGUUAGAUUCUCCAGAAAGAAAGCAAAAGAAACAAAAGAAAAUGAAGUUAGGCAAGGAUGAAAAAGACCAGACUGAAAAAGCUGCAAUGUAUGAUAUCAUUAGUUCUCCUUCCAAGGACUCCACUAAGCUUACAUUAAGACUCUCUCGUGUAAGAUCUUCGGAUAUGGACCAGCAGGAUGAUAUGCUUUCUGGUUUGGAAAACAGCAGUGUGUCAGAGGGUGAUAUUCCUUUUAAUGUGCAGUACCCAGGACAGACUUCCAAAACACCCGUUACUCCACAGGAUGUUAACCGCCCACUAAACGCUGCUCAGUGUUUGCCGCAGCAUGAACAGACAGCUUUCCUUCAGGCACAACAAGUGCCUGUUUUACAACAGAACACUUCAGUUGCUGCAAAACAACCUCAAACUCCUGUGGUACAGACACAGCAACAGGUUUCGCAACACGGAACUAUAACGUCAUAUGAUGAAGUAGAAUUGGAUGCAUUGGCUGAAAUUGAGCGGAUAGAACGGGAAUCAGCUAUUGAAAGGGAGCGAUUUUCAAAAGAAGUGCAAGAUAAAGAUAAACCUCUGAAAAAGCGAAAACAAGAAAAUAAACCACAGGAGGCUGGGGGUGCUACUGGAGGAAGUAGACCAGCUUCUCAGGAGACAGGUUCUGCAGGAAAUGGGGCCAGGCCAGCGUUGAUGGUUAGUAUUGAUCUUCAGCAAGCAGGAAGAGCGGACUCUCAGGCAACAGUAACUCAGGAUUUGGAGGCCAUCAAAAAGCCUGAAGAAAUUAAGCAGUAUAAUGAUGGGUUUGUGUGUGUUACCCAAGAAGAUGCUGUUGGAGUUCUUAAACUUAAACCUGAAAACCAUCCGGAGAUCUUUAGGAAAAAGACAGACUUUGAGGGUCAAAAGGCAGAUAUCCAGCAAAAUGAAAACAGACAAAUGGAAUUUCAGCAAAAUGAGAGCAGAAGGUUGGAAAGUAAACACAAUGAGAACAAACAAGUAGAAGUUAAAAAUGAAAGCAAACAUGAAAGACAAUUGGAGCUGAAACAAAAUGAUAACAGACAGACAGAGGCAAAACAAAAUGAGAGCAGGCAAAUGGAGGUGAAACAAAAUGAGGGGAAACAAAAUGAGGGAAAACAAAAUAACGGCAAACAGGAAAUACGACAGAGGCCUGAAACGCCAAAACAACAGAAGAGUGAAGGCAGGCCUGAAACGCCAAAACAACAGAAGAGUGAAGGCAGGCCUGAAACGCCAAAACAACAGAAGAGUGAAGGCAGGCCCGAAACGCCAAAACAUAGGCAUGAUAAUAGGAGGGACUCCAGUAAACCAUUGUCAGAUAAGAAAAUUGAAAUAUCCAGGCAUAAGCCUGAUGUGAAAUCUGAUCCUUCAAGGAUAAAAUCUGAAAGUAGACCAGAUCCAGCAAAACAAAGGCCUGAUGGGCGUUCAGUUUCUGAUACACCAAGGCGUGACUAUGAUAGCCUAAAACAAAAGUCUGAGGACAGGGGUGAGUCAGAGAAAUUCAGAGGAGAUCCAUCCAAGGUUAGAAGGCCUGAGUAUUUGAGAUCCUCAAACAAAAAUGAGCAUGAUUCUAAGCAUGGUAUUAAAUCUGAUGGUUCAAAAACUGAGAAAUGUGAAAGGAAACUUAGACAUGAGUCUGGUGAAUCAAGGGAAAGGCUUUCUUCUGGGGAUCAGAAAUCAAGGCCUGACAGCCCUCGUAUUAAACAGGAAGGUAAAGGAGAUUCUAGUAAAUCAAGACCUGAUAAACCUGGUUUUAAAUCACCUAACAGCAAGGAUGAACGAAGGACAGAUGGUAAUAAGAGUAAAGUAGAUAGUAAUAAAGCACCUGCUGACAAUAAAGCAGAGUUUCCCAGUUAUUUGUUGGGGGCAAGAUCUGGCGCAUUAAAACAUUUUGUCAUUCCAAAAAUCAAGCGUGAUAAAGAUGGCAAUGUCACUCAGGAGUCAAGGAAAACUGAAUUUAAAGGUGAACAUAAGGACAAAGUAGAGAAGAUUGGGCUAGUUGAAGAUCUAAAUAAAGGAGCUAAGCCUGUAGUUGUCCUUCAGAAGCUUUCUUUGGAUGAUGUGCAGAAAUUUAUUAAGGAUAGAGAAGAUAAAUCAAGGGGCUCUUGUUUUAAACCUAACAAGAACAAGUCAUCCAAAUCUAAUAAAGGUAGCAUAGAUCAGUCAGUGUUAAAGGAGUUGCCUCCUGAGCUCCUGGCAGAAAUUGAAUCCACCAUGCCACUUUGUGAACGUGUGAAAAUGAACAAGCGCAAACGUAGCACAGUUAAUGAGAAACCAAAAUACGCUGAAAUCAGUUCUGAUGAAGACAAUGACAGUGAAGGCGCUUUUGAAUCUUCUCGAAAAAGACAUAAAAAGGAUAGAGAUGAAGCUUGGGAGUAUGAAGAACAUGACAGAAGAAGUUCUGGUGACCACAGGAGAAGUGGUCAUUAUCAUGAAGGAAGGAGGACUUCUGGUAGUGGUCGAUACCGUAAUCGCAGUCCCGAUGACUCUGAUAUGGAUGAUUAUUCUCCUCCUCCUAGCCUUAGUGAGGUGGCAAGAAAAAUGAAGAAAAAAGAAAAACAAAAGAAGAGGAAAGCUUAUGAGCCUAAACUAACACCUGAAGAAAUGAUGGAUUCUUCAACUUUCAAAAGGUUCACUGCUUCAAUAGAGAAUAUUUUGGAAAAUCUGGAAGACAUGGAUUUUACAGCUUUUGGUGAUGAUGAUGAGAUUCCACAGGAAUUGCUACUGGGAAAACAUCAGCUUAGUGAGUUGGGUAGUGAAUCUGCAAAAAUCAAGGCAAUGGGCAUUAUGGACAAGCUCUCAACAGAUAAAACAGUAAAGGUCCUGAAUAUUUUGGAGAAGAAUAUUCAAGAUGGAUCAAAGCUUUCUACAUUACUUAACCAUAACAAUGACACUGAAGAUGAGGAGAGAUUAUGGAGAGAUCUUAUUAUGGAAAGAGUGACAAAAUCUGCAGAUGCUUGUCUUACUGCUAUCAAUAUUAUGACGUCACCAAAUAUGCCUAAAGCUGUAUAUAUUGAGGAUGUAAUAGAAAGAGUUAUUCAAUACACAAAAUUUCAUUUGCAGAACACUCUCUAUCCUCAGUAUGACCCUGUAUAUAGAGUGGAUCCUCAUGGUGGUGGUGUUUUAAGUUCAAAAGCAAAGCGUGCCAAGUGUUCCACCCACAAGCAAAGAGUCAUAGUGAUGUUGUAUAACAAAGUUUGUGACAUUGUCAGCAGUUUGUCAGAGUUGCUGGAGAUACAGCUUCUUACUGAUACAACUAUUCUUCAGGUAUCAUCUAUGGGAAUAACACCUUUCUUUGUAGAAAAUGUCAGUGAGCUACAGUUAUGUGCCAUCAAAUUAGUGACCGCAGUGUUCUCCAGGUAUGAAAAACACAGACAGCUAAUACUAGAAGAAAUUUUCACUUCCCUUGCAAGACUACCAACUAGCAAGAGGAGUUUGAGAAACUUCAGGUUAAAUAGCAGUGACACUGAUGGAGAGCCCAUGUAUAUUCAGAUGGUAACGGCACUAGUUCUGCAGCUUAUUCAAUGUGUUGUGCACUUACCAUCUGCAGAAAAAGAUUCUAAUUCAGAGGAGGAAUCGAACAAAAAAGUGGAUCAAGAUGUGCUUAUUACUAACUCAUAUGAAACAGCCAUGAGAACAGCACAAAACUUCCUUUCUAUUUUCCUUAAGAAGUGUGGCAGUAAACAAGGGGAAGAAGAUUAUAGGCCACUGUUUGAGAACUUCAUUCAAGAUCUUCUUUCCACAGUCAAUAAACCAGAAUGGCCAGCUGCAGAGUUGCUACUUAGCUUGUUAGGAAGGCUAUUGGUUCACCAGUUCAGUAACAAAUCAACAGAAAUGGCUUUAAGAGUUGCAUCGCUUGACUAUCUUGGAACUGUAGCUGCAAGACUGAGGAAAGAUGCAGUCACUAGCAAAAUGGAUCAAGGAUCUAUAGCCAGAAUCCUCAAACAGGUUUCAGGAGGAGGAGAUGAAAUUCAACAGCUACAAAAGGCUUUGCUGGAUUAUCUGGAUGAGAACACAGAAACUGAUGCAUCACUAGUGUUUUCUCGGAAGUUUUAUAUAGCUCAGUGGUUCCGUGAUACAACUAUGGAGACAGAGAAAGCAAUUAAAUCACAGAAAGAUGAGGAUUCAUCUGAAGGAACUCAUCAUGCAAAAGAUGUUGAGACCACAGGACAAAUCAUGCAUAGAGCAGAAAGUCGCAAAAAGUUUCUUCGCAGCAUCAUUAAAACUGCUCCGUUUCAGUUCAGUACAUUAAAGAUGAAUUCUGAUACCGUGGACUAUGAAGAUGCAUGUUUGAUUGUUCGCUACUUGGCCUCUAUGAGGCCGUUUGCCCAGAGCUUCGAUAUUUAUUUGACACAGAUUCUGCGUGUACUUGGUGAAAAUGCAAUUGCUGUUCGAACAAAAGCCAUGAAGUGUUUGUCUGAGGUUGUUGCUGUAGACCCCAGUAUUCUUGCAAGGCUGGAUAUGCAACGAGGUGUUCAUGGACGGUUAAUGGAUAACUCUACUAGUGUACGAGAAGCAGCUGUGGAGCUGCUUGGCCGAUUUGUGCUCUGUCGUCCUCAGCUUGCUGAGCAGUAUUAUGACAUGCUGAUUGAAAGAAUAUUGGAUACAGGUAUCAGUGUCAGAAAAAGAGUCAUAAAGAUACUUAGGGAUAUCUGCAUUGAACAACCAACAUUUCCCAAAAUUACAGAGAUGUGUGUGAAAAUGAUUCGAAGAGUCAAUGAUGAAGAAGGCAUUAAGAAAUUAGUAAAUGAGACAUUCCAGAAGCUCUGGUUUACUCCAACUCCACACCAUGACAAAGAAGCAAUGACCAGGAAAAUACUAAACAUCACUGAUGUGGUUGCAGCUUGUAGAGAUACAGGGUAUGAUUGGUUUGAACAGCUUCUUCAAAAUCUUUUGAAGUCAGAAGAGGAUGCCUCAUAUAAACCUGUGAAGAAAGCCUGUACUCAGCUUGUUGACAAUUUGGUUGAGCACAUCCUUAAAUAUGAGGAAUCUUUAUCAGAUUCUGACAACAAAGGCGUGAAUUCUGGUCGCUUGGUUGCUUGCAUAACCACUUUGUUCUUAUUCAGCAAAAUCAGGCCCCAGCUAAUGGUCAAACAUGCCAUGACCAUGCAGCCAUACCUCACCACUAAAUGUAGUACUCAGAAUGAUUUCAUGGUGAUCUGCAAUGUUGCAAAAAUCUUAGAGCUUGUAGUGCCACUAAUGGAGCACCCAAGUGAGACCUUCCUUGCCACUAUUGAGGAAGACCUCAUGAAACUCAUCAUCAAAUAUGGCAUGACGGUUGUACAGCAUUGUGUGAGCUGUCUUGGGGCUGUUGUGAACAAGGUCACCCAGAACUAUAAGUUUGUGUGGGCCUGUUUUAAUAGAUACUACGGUGCGCUUUCAAAAUUAAAAAGUCAACAUCAAGAAGACCCCAACAGUACAAUACUUACUGCCAAUAAACCAGCACUCCUUAGGUCACUUUUCACUGUUGGUGCACUGUGUCGGCAUUUUGAUUUUGAUCAGGAAGAUUUUAAGGGCAACAGUAAGGUUAACAUUAAGGAUAAAGUACUUGAACUGCUGAUGUAUUUUACAAAGCAUUCAGAUGAAGAAGUACAGACGAAAGCCAUUAUUGGCCUGGGAUUUGCAUUUAUACAACACCCAAGCUUAAUGUUUGAACAGGAAGUAAAGACUCUGUACAACAGCAUUCUUUCAGAUAAGAACUGUUCAGUAAACUUAAAAAUCCAGGUGUUAAAAAACCUCCAGACCUACUUGCAGGAGGAGGAUACACGUAUGCAGCAGGCAGACAGAGACUGGAAAAAAGUAGCAAAACAGGAAGACCUGAAAGAAAUGGGUGAUAUUUCUUCGGGGAUGAGUAGUUCCAUCAUGCAGCUGUAUCUCAAACAGGUCCUUGAGGCUUUCUUUCAUACCCAGUCCAAUGUACGCCACUUUGCUCUAAAUGUCAUUGCACUGACAUUAAACCAGGGUCUCAUCCAUCCUGUUCAGUGUGUGCCAUACUUAAUUGCUAUGGGCACAGAUCCAGAGCCCUCUAUGCGAAACAAAGCCGACCAGCAGUUGGUGGAAAUAGACAAAAAAUAUGCCGGGUUCAUUCACAUGAAAGCAGUGGCUGGUAUGAAGAUGUCUUACCAGGUACAACAGGCAAUCAAUACCUGUCCAAAGGAUCCUGUAAGAGGUUUUAGACACGAUGAAUCAUCCAGUGCGUUGUGCUCACACCUCUACUCAAUGAUUCGGGGGAACCGUCAACACAGACGAGCAUUUCUAAUUUCUUUACUCAACCUCUUUGAUGAUACUGCAAAAACAGAGGUGAAUAUGCUCUUGUACAUAGCAGACAAUCUAGCCUGUUUUCCUUAUCAAACACAAGAAGAGCCACUGUUUAUAAUGCAUCAUAUAGAUAUUACACUAUCAGUUUCUGGUAGCAACCUACUACAGUCAUUUAAAGAGUCUAUGGUGAAAGACAAAAAAAAGGAAAGAAAGCCUUCAUCAGAUGAGGAGACUGAGAGUGACAGUAACAGUGGUAGUGAGAGCGAAAGUGAAGAGGAAGCUUCUAAGCCUCGGAGGUUACGGAAACGAGUAGACUCUGAUUCAGAUUCUGAUGAAGAAAAUGAUAUAAAUGCUGUGAUGAAAUGUUUACCAGAAAAUUCAGCUCCUUUAAUUGAAUUUGCAAAUGUCUCCCAAGGCAUAUUACUACUUUUGAUGCUGAAACAGCAUUUAAAGAACCUCUGUGGAUUCUCUGACAGUAAAAUUCAGAAAUAUUCUCCAUCUGAAUCUGCAAAAGUUUAUGAUAAAACUAUAAACAGGAAGACAGGAGUGCACUUCCAUCCAAAACAAACUCUGGAUUUUCUGCGGAGCGAUAUGGCUAAUUCCAAGAUCACUGAAGAAGUGAAGAGGAGUAUAGUAAAACAGUACUUAGAUUUCAAGCUCCUUAUGGAACAUUUGGAUCCUGAUGAAGAAGAAGAAGAUGGAGAAGUGUCAGCUAGCACAAAUGCUCGGAACAAAGCAAUUACCUCGCUGCUUGGAGGAGGCAGCCCUAAAAACAAUGCAGCUGAGACAGAGGACGAUGAAAGUGAUGGGGAGGAUAGAGGAGGAGGCACUUCAGGGGUGAGGCGGAGGAGGAGUCAACGUAUUUCGCAGCGUAUUACUCAUUGAGAAGGUCAAAACGAAAUUCAGACUCUACGGAGUUGGCUUCACAGAUGAAUGAAAGUGUUGAUGUCAUGGAUGUCAUCGCUAUUUGCUGUCCAAAGUACAAAGACCGACCACAAAUUGCAAGAGUAGUACAGAAAACCAGCAAUGGCUUCAGUGUUCAGUGGAUGGCAGGCUCCUACAGUGGCUCCUGGACUGAGGCUAAGCGCCGUGAUGGCCGCAAACUGGUGCCUUGGGUAGACACUAUUAAAGAGUCAGACAUUAUUUACAAAAAAAUUGCUCUAACGAGUGCUAAUAAGCUGACUAAUAAAGUUGUUCAGACUUUACGAUCGCUGUAUGCCGCCAAGGAUGGAACUUCCAGCUAAUGAAUUUGUACAUGCAGCCAAAUUUACAGGAAUUGAAAUAACAGAAAAACUUGAAAUAUCAACUUUCUGGCAAAAAAAAAAAAAAAAAAAAAAUCAGUUAAAUGAAGAGUAAGAAUGGAACCUGGGACACAGGAAAAAAAGAAGGAAAUGUUUGGUAAACAUUUUUGUGGGAGCUUCCUUCGCUGUUGUGCAGCAGAAACUUCUCAGUUCAUUUUUACUCCCACUGUAUAAUAGUUUAACAAAAAAUUGUUUAUAUCUUGAAAAAAAACUUUCUGUUUAAAAAAAAUAAACAAGUGAAUGUUGGAAAUUAGUCUGUUAAUGUUCUUAAUAAAGUGUUCUUGGAGUUUAACCUAGCAGCGGAUGGCUUUCUUUAGCUUAGCCCAGUUUCCAGGGAAGCAUUGUUUUUCCAGGCUGUAAAAUGGCAGAAUCUCCUGGAUAUAUAAUUUAUUCUGUUGAAGAAAAAAGAGGAAAAAAAAAAAAAAAGCAUGCAGUAUCUAUGACCUAUCUGCAGGAGGAGUUUUUGUAAAUGUAGAUUUUGAUGUAUUAGGUCACCCUGAAAUAAUACAAGAAAAGGGAUCCCCAGCAAAUCUGGUGGAACAAAUACUGCAAUAAAUUUUUUUACUUCUCUUU